AUGUCUACGGAUCCGGCCGUGGUGCCUACAGAAGGCUUACCUGUUGAAUCUGAACCCAAGCCUGACACCAACCGACGUGCCUCUGCUACCAAUAGACGGUCGCGUCGAACCGAACCCAAGCCCAAAAAAGAAAAAGAACCCAAGGAAAAGCCAGCUCGAGCAACGCGUCGACCUCGGGAAAAAUCCACAACUACGGCCGCGUCUCGGAAGAAAGCCAAGCUGGAGCCAUCGGCUGAUGGUACGGGGGGUGAUGCUCCGGCAGACGCCCGAGGCCCGGUCGAAGUAGUCACAGCACCACCUCAACCCCAAUCAAUCCAGUCCCAACCAGCCCAAUCGCCUUACUCGCAAAGUCCACAUCCCACAGCCCCAGGAGCUACAUACCAGCUGUCACAACCGCUGCAGCCCCCGCGUCCGCAAUCACAACCGCCAGCGCCACAACCACUACCGCCUCAAAGGACCAGUGGACAAAACUUCGACCCGAUUCGGUCUGCCUUUGACAACCCUUCCCCGGCACCAGCAUACAGUCCCCCGAUUCACGCAGUCUCUCCACAUAACGCUUAUCGCGCCAGUGCGUCGCCAGCGAUCUCGAGCAUUAUCGACCCUCCUCAAACCUCCCAACCAAUCUAUACUCCGCUUCAGCGCACCUCGUCUGGUCAUGUCUCCGGUCUCUCUUCACCGGCGCCGCCUGCGAUGGCGCCCACACCUACACACCCAUCCCUAGCCCCUUCGCCUCUCCCCAUCUCAUCGCCUUCUCAUGGAGCUGUGCACACACCACAUGCAUUCGCUCAACCCAAUCACUACACGACUCCAUACCCCCCUACUGAGCAGCGGCCGUUGCAAUCACAACCUCCCACACUCGAGCUCUCUCCACCUGCCGUGCGCCAACCUCAACCGCAAUCCCACGCGCACCCCGAAGUGGUAGUGCAGCCGACCCCACCUAGACCGCAGCCGUCCGAAGUAAUCGAAGUCGACCGAAAGGAAACAACCGAGGAACAAUCUGCACCUAGUGCCAAGAAAGAAAAAGAAGCAGCUACGCCUGCAUCAAAGGCCCCAUCUCCUAAGCCUGCUCGACCUACCAAAGAGGCCCCGCAACUACCGCAAGGCUCCGGUUUGAUCAGCAACGCCCUAUUCGGGGUAGAUGAAUCUGCCAAAUCGCCAGAUUCGCGCAGCACCCCGAAUAUCAUCGUCCACGUCCCUCUAAAUAAAGGAAACCAGAUCGUCAAUUUCGCACGACUGGCCGAAGAACAAUAUGGUUUCGCGGCUUUGCAUCCACGUCUUGCCGCUCACAAAGCACGUCUAGCCCGUGUAGCAGCUGCCGGUGCUGCAUUAGAGCGCAACGAUAAGAAUGCCAAGGGCAUUUCAGCAGGCGAGAGUGCAGACGAGGAUCUGAGCCUCGAUGCUGAGCGUGACAGUGAUGUGGAUGGCGAUGUUACGAUGGGUGGAACUGGCCUCGGAACAAAUGGUGCACCCUCUGAAGCAAGCGAUGGAAAGAAGAAGCGCCGCAAGAAGGUUGAAGAAUAUGACCGCGAUGACCCAUUCGUUGAUGACAGUGAGAUGGUCUGGCAAGAGCAGGCUGCUGCUAGUAAGGAUGGAUUCUUUGUCUACAGCGGCCCAUUGGUGCCAGAGGGAGAGAAGAUUCAAGUGGAACGGGCCGAUGGUACAAUCAAGCGUGGUCGUGGCCGCGGCCGAGGAACAGGCCGGGGUCGCUCCGUGGCUUCUCACCCUCACGUCCCCAUUGCCGCAGCUGUCCCCAUUUCUCAGGAUACAGGCCUGCCACUACGCGGACCCGGUUCACGAGGUGGCACGACGCGCCGCCCACGCGGAAGCAAGAAAGCAGACGCAGAAAAACAUGCCGAUCGUAACGGCACCACUGCUUCCGCAGAAGGUCGUGGCGGUCGUGGCGGCGGCGCAGGCAGCUCUGGCCGUGGUGGAAGCACCAGCACUCGGGGUGGAAAAGCAUCUACAGCUACAUCUGCAUCUACACCAUCGAUCCCGAUGCCUGACCUUGCGCCUUCUCCCUCCACACCUACUACUGCUCCUCCUGCUCCUGCUCCUGCCCCUCCUGCUCCUGCUCCUGCCCCUCCUGCCCCUAGCCCUCUAGCUGGACCGGAGCCUAUGAUGAAAUAA